AUGGACGCCGCAUCUUGGAACCAAGAUCCGGCCUUGGCGCCAUCCCACGAUGAGGAGUUCCAGCAGUUUUUGAACAUGGGAGGCAUGGGCAACUUGGGCGACUCGAUGACCUUCGACUUCAAUGACUUCCAGUCCGGAAGUGGCUCCGGCAUGAUGCACCAGUCCGGCCGUGAACAGCUCGACACACAGAUGGGAGGAACCGACGCCAAUAUGGUCAUGAGCAACGCCAAUGCCGCCAUGCAGACGCAGCUCAUCAACAUGACCACUGCAGCUGCGCACCCUGCCAUUCCCACGCAACUGAUCCCUCCGCCGACUCCCACAGACGCCAUCACCGAAAUCGAUGCUCAGAUCCAGUAUCUGCAGCAGCAGCGCGUUCAGCAGCAACACCGCCAGAUUCAUGAGCAGCAUGUCUACUACACCAACCAGCAUGCAAUGGCCUUUACUCCUUUGGUGUCGCCUGCCGUUACGCCGUUAGAUCCCCAUUUCCAGAUGGAAGCCGGUGGCUUUACAAUUCCUGGCGCAUAUUUCAGCCCUCUUACCUCUCCAGCCCUUCAUGCGCAAAGUGACCAGGGACUUUUGUACGACCGCCGCUCGUCUCUGUCGGCGCACAACUCCCCCGCCGAGAUGGACGUUGAGACAUCAGCAAACGCGCAGCCUGCGGCGAUGGAUUUGGCCAAGAAAGUUCGCAAGAGCAACGCAAGAGUAAAGGCCAAGCCGAGUGUUCGCCAGUCUCCCAUUACGAAGCCUCAGCGGAAGAAAGCUGGCCCGACACCAAAGAUGGUGUCGCAAGCCCUCACUGAGAUGCAGGAAGUGAACGAAGAUGGGCUUGAUCAGAUGCUGCCUUCGACGGCCUUGCCUGCCCCUAUGAGCAGCGAAGAGUCCGAAAAUGCAUCAGUCUCACCUGAAAACCUGUCCGACAUGCCGCCACCACCACUUCCCCAGAAGGCGUCGAGCAAAUCACCAUUCAUCCAGCCUCAACCUCAGCCCCAGCCACACCCCGCGAUUCCGGCUCACAUCCAAGGAAAGCCCUCGCCCGCCACACCAGCUUCCCUCAUGAAGCUUCCCUCAUCCAGCGCGAACAACUCAGCAGCGUCAAAUCCCCAAGACCUUGGGCCUUCGGAUCAUAUCGAAUCCUUCGAACUUCCCGAGUCCGUCAACUUCAACUCAAGACCCCAGCCUCCGCGAAUUGAUACGGCAACGCCGACUCAGUCGCCUUCAGAUCCAGGCUCGGCUAGGGCUUCGUCGUUCCAGCCGCUGCCAUCUCCCAUCUUUGCGAAACCGACUGCCGCUGCUUCAGCGAGCGCAAGCCCGAACCUCGCACCGGGCUCCACGGGUCCCUCGGCACGCAGGACGCCCCAGCUGUUGGCAAGGGGAAGCAAGGGUAGCGGGAAAAGGGGAAGUGUCAGCUCGGUUCACGUCUCUCCUGCUCUGCGACCCAGGAUAUCACCUAGCAUCAAGCCGCUUCUGCCUGGCACGCCCGGCGGGAUGUCUGUCGAGGAUACAGCCUCCCGCCUUUUGGCUUCCAAGUCAAACUACCAGAACAUUCUCGAAGGCAACACUGUUCCUGGCGUCACUUACCCGAGCGAGCUAUCGACGAACCUCACGUCCAAGCGCACGUCCCACAAGAUUGCGGAACAGGGCCGAAGGAAUCGCAUCAACUCGGCACUGCAGGAGAUCGCAACGCUUCUUCCCCAGCCGCUGAAGGAAUCGGGCGAAAGCGACAACGCCGACAAGAAAGAGAAGGACAAGGCGGGAGGCGCACCGAACAGCAAGGCUAGCACUGUCGAAUUGGCGAUUGAGUAUAUCAAACAGCUCAAGCAGGAGGUUGCCGAGGCCAACAAGAGGGCUGAAGAGCUCGAGAAGAAGCUGGAGCGCAUGGAGCCGUCAGGAAGCACGGAAACUGUUGAACAAAAAGAAAGCUCGACAGAGUAA